AUGUCCAAACACAUUGCACCACCGAGAUCCACAUACGGAGAGGAAAACAACCAUGUUAUCAGACCUCAGUAUCGUUCUAAGAACCAAGGGGCAACAGACUCGGCCAAUUCCCAGUCCCAGCCCCGUCUGGCGCUGGGCCAGUUGCCCACUGAGCAAAAUCGCCCAAUCCUGGUGGAAAACAAUAGGCUGAAAAACAAUGAAAACAAAAUCCCCGUAUAUGUAGAGCCUCAUCCGAAAGAGUCACAGUCGCAGGACCAUGACAGUGACGAUACCGAAGACAGCAUUGAAUUCGAAGAACUCGAGGACGACUUUGGCGAGUUGGACCAAGAUGUCUUGGACUCAGACCAACAGCCCCAAUCUUUGCAUUCCACUGACUCAGAGGUCGAAGAGUCUAUAAGGAGUUUUACACAGCACAGGCAUACUUUGCAGUCCUCCACGACUGGGGAUACCACCACAACAGCACCAACAGCUAACUCUGGGUCUGUGGUUCCCCUACUCCCAGUGUGGGACUCCCGUAUCCACCACGAACUAACCUACGUGAAUUCCAAAUUCCAAAGGGAUAGCCCCGAUGAGGAUGAUGAGGACACUUAUGAUGUUACCAUGGUUGCCGAAUACGCGCCAGACAUCUUCAGAUACAUGCGACAAUUGGAGGCUCGUCUUUCACCCAACCCUCGUUACAUGGAUAGCCAAAACGAACUCGAAUGGCACAUGAGAAGGACUCUUGUCGACUGGCUGGUUCAGGUACACUCACGUUUCAACUUGCUGCCGGAAACACUUUUCUUGACGGUCAAUUACAUAGACCGUUUUUUAAGUAAACGAACUGUUUCCGCCUCAAGGUUCCAACUAGUCGGUCUUGUGGCCCUAUUCAUUGCUGCCAAAUACGAGGAGAUCAACUGCCCUUCAAUCCAGGAAGUUGCAUCUCUUAUCAACAACGCCUAUUCUAUUGACGAUUUGUUAAGAGCUGAAAAAUUCAUGAUUGAUAUUCUUGAAUUCGAAAUGGGCUGGCCAGGACCAAUGUCAUUCCUCAGAAGAACUUCAAAGGCUGAUGAUUACGAUUUUGAUACGCGUACUCUGGCUAAGUAUUUUUUGGAAAUUACAAUCAUGGAUUCGAAACUGGUCGCCUCCCCACCUAGUUGGUUAGCCGCGGGUGCUCAUUACCUUGCACGUCGAUUACUGAACAGAGGUUCAUGGACUGAUGCUCAUAUAUUUUACUCGGGCUACACAGAGGAGCAACUGACACCAUUGGCCGACAUGAUGGUGCAAAUGUGUCGACACCCUCUUAGACAUCACCGUACAAUCUUUGAAAAAUACUCCGAACGUCGGUACAAGCGAUCAGCCGAAUUCGUUCAAGAAUGGAUGCGUAUGCGUUUAUGA